AUGUUGUACGAACUGAUAGGCGUGGUCCGCCCUGGUCGUAGCGUCAACGAGAUCAAAGAAAUCACCCGAACGACGGGCAACAUCGUACUCUCUGCCGGCGGUGUAGUACGAGGCAUAACCAAUUGGGGCACUUUCACCCUACCCAAUCCCGCGCGAAAACAAGGCGCAACCUACAAAGAAGGCCACUAUUUCAUUUUGCGAUUCGACUCCAGCGCCAAAACACAGCAUGCCGUGCGAAGAACGCUCGGUCUCGACCCUCGCAUGAUCAGAUAUAGUGUGGUCAAGAUGGGUAGCAAGCUGGAUGAGAUCAAAGACAUUGCAGGAAAAGCAGAAUGGACUACGACCGGAACCUCGAGUUAA